AAUGAAAAUGUUUGAAUUUUCGAAGAUAUUUUCCUUGAGGAGAGGUCAAUGUUUGAGUUUAAGGCCUCAGGGUAGCAGCAAAAUGGAUCGCUAUGAAAAACUCAGUCGAUUGGGUGAAGGUUCCUAUGGUGUCGUCUAUAAAUGUCGAGAUCGUGAGACAGGCCAGCUGGUUGCCGUCAAACGUUUUGUAGAGUCUGAAGAUGAUCCGGCAAUAAGGAAAAUAGCUUUAAGAGAGAUACGACUAUUAAAGAAUUUGAAACAUCCAAAUUUGGUUUCACUGCUCGAAGUAUUUCGCCGCAAACGACGAUUGCAUUUGGUAUUUGAAUUUUGUGAACUAACGGUACUACAUGAGCUGGAACGACAUCCGCAGGGCUGUCCCGAGCAUUUAACCAAACAAAUCGUCUAUCAAACGUUACAAGGAGUGGCAUAUUGCCACAAGCAGGGCUGCCUGCAUCGUGACAUCAAACCGGAGAACAUUCUGUUGACAGCACAGGGACAAGUGAAGCUGUGUGAUUUCGGUUUUGCUCGCAUGCUAAGUCCUGGUGAAAACUAUACCGACUAUGUUGCCACCCGAUGGUAUCGUGCCCCAGAACUGCUGGUGGGUGACACCCAAUAUGGCACGCCAGUCGAUGUCUGGGCCAUUGGCUGCCUUUUUGCCGAGUUGGUGCGUGGUGAAGCCCUCUGGCCGGGACGCAGUGAUGUGGAUCAAUUAUAUUUGAUACGCAAAACGUUGGGUGAUCUCCUGCCAAGGCACAUACAGAUUUUUGCCCAGAAUGAGUAUUUCAAGGGCAUCACACUACCCGUACCACCCAAUCUGGAAACUCUGGAAGAGAAAAUGCCAGCAAAAGCCUUACAAAAUCCAUUGACCAUCGAUUUUCUAAAGAAAUGUUUGGACAAAGAUCCCGCCAAACGUUGGCCUUGCGAAAAACUGGUCAAGCAUUCCUAUUUCGAUGACUAUAUUGCCAAACAACGGGAAAUGGAAACACUGAACAGUCUGGAGGCUGCCACACUGAGACAACAACAACAGCUACUGCAACAACACAUGUUACAACAACAACAGCAGCAACAACAACAACAGGCGACACAAUCAUUAUUACAAACAACCCAGGCAGCGGCAGCAGCCGCUGCUGCUCAAGCCACUGGGAUGAAUACAGUGGCCUCGACGGGAAGAGAUAAAUCAAAGACUUCAAAUACCUCACUUCCUCUACUGACAGCCAAUCAUCACCAUCAUCCACAACAUCACAGUCAAGACUAUGGCAAAUUACAGCCGCUGAAUAAACAUUCAACGUUAUAUCCCAGAUCGGAACAUCAUCUACCGACUAUAUAG